GCGCUGCACCGUGAUGAAAGGUACCAGUGCCAGAAGUGGCGAUCUGGGCUUUUGGUGUGCUCAGCAGCGUUGGGGAGUAGCGAGCACUUAGGGGGAUUGCUAGCACAUCGAAAUAAGCACUUAAUUCAACAAUUACUAUCUGACAUCCUCCUCUCUCAUUUGCACUUAACACCAGGCUCCAUUGUCGAGCACUUAUUUCCCAUUGGCUCUGUAACAACAACAACUACAAAGAAUCAAAUAUGCCUCUGAUACCUUCCUCGACACUUAUGCCAAGGGCUCCUCGACUACCCACUGUCGAAGAAGACCCACCAGCUGCCUGGUUUGGAGAAUGUACCAGUUUGCCUAAAAGAUGUUCCAGUGUAUCCAGUUCAGACUGCGAGUCUCUUACCAGUAGCAACUCCUUUUCUGAAUGUGAUUUGGAAAGUAUAGAUAAUGACUGUACAGAUAAUAUAUCACUGCCGGACCCUGAUCUGUUAAGCGAUCCUGAAGGUGAACAGCUUUGCCCCAGUCUUCUCAAGCUCAUCAAGCGUUGCCUAUCCAAAGCCAGCAUUAGCUCCCUGAGAUGUUCCAGGCUUCUGCUUCCUGAUGACCUCAUUGCCAAUUUGGGCCAAGAACUGCUGCACCUGGCUUUCAGUGAGCCUUGCGGACUGAGGGGUGCACUUAUUGAUCUGUGUGUUGAGCAUGGCAAGACCUGUCACAGUGUGGCACAGAUAACCGCUGACCAAGCAGUCGUUCCAACUUUCCAGCUGACCGUACUGUUGCGUCUGGACUCCAGGCUUUGGCCUAGAAUCCAAGGCUUGUUCAGUACCAAGCCAGUCCCAGGGUCAGGACAAUCUCUGAAACUCAGUCCAGGUUUCAAGGUUCUUAAAAAGAAGCUGUACAGUUCUGAAGAAUAUAUCAUCGAAGAAUGCUGAUAAAAAGAACUUUGAAAGAAAAAUAAAUAAAAACUUUCACUUUUCGGUACUAUUGUAUGAAGGCUUUAAAGAGGGUUGGGAGGGAGUUAAAAGUAAGUGGGACAAUUUUUAAGGUUUUUAUUUUAGUAGAUGUAAGUACCAGUCCCUGGAUUAUUCCCUCUGUUGCUUGAGUCUAGCUAUGACUGGUGUCGACUUUGACAGAGAUAGGGGCUCUUUUUUCCCAUCAGACUGACAAAAGAAGACAUAACACAGCAACAUUAAUGUUCUUUCUUUCUGGCAGUGAAAUGGUCCAAAGUUGGGACUUUUAUUUUUCCCCACGUCAUGUGGCUGAGCUAAGAUACAUGCCACCUAAUGGGUUAACAUGUGUAAGCUUUUCAUUUUUGGGGGGGGGGGAGUGGGAAGGGUCACACUGAUGUAGUUCUGCAAAGUAUGCAUAAAAUAAGGCAAUCUAAUAAUGUAACGUGCACUAGUAAUGUGAUUUUUGUAAUAACUACUGGGCAGCUGGUCUGCACAAUAAGGUGUAUUGCCUCUCUACCUCUUAUAGAGGGCAAAAUUGUAAUUAUUGAAUAACAAAGUACAUUUUGCUCAUGGGAACAAGUGUUAAUGUCACUACUGAUGUUAUGGCAGCUAAACAAUGUAUUUGUAUAUGGCCUAGCCAUAUGUUUUAGAAAGCACUACUUUUUGUCUGAGUUGUUCUGUAUUUGAUAUACGCAUUAUGGUUUACAGUGGUACACUUGAUGUUCAAGUGUAAUUCUACACAAUGUGCCUUUUUUACUUUUCUAAUAAAUGGUAAAAUUAAA